GUUUUAUUCGUUUUCGUCGCUCGACUGAAACAAGAAAUAACUUCAUCAUGUCUGGAAGAGGCAAAGGCGGUAAAGGACUCGGAAAAGGAGGCGCUAAGCGUCACCGUAAAGUGCUUCGCGAUAACAUCCAGGGAAUCACCAAACCCGCCAUUCGUCGUCUAGCUCGCCGCGGCGGAGUCAAGCGCAUCUCCGGUCUGAUCUACGAGGAGACCCGCGGUGUGCUGAAGGUGUUCCUGGAGAACGUGAUCCGCGACGCCGUCACCUACACCGAGCACGCCAAGAGAAAGACCGUCACCGCCAUGGACGUUGUGUACGCGCUCAAACGACAGGGACGCACCUUGUACGGCUUCGGAGGAUAAACCGCUUCAGAUCCGAGAACAAACCCAACGGCUCUUUUAAGAGCCACCCACACUCUCACUUAAAGAGACAGAAGUUUAAUUAUUGUUGGUGCCUUACGUGAAAAUUAAUACGAUGUCUGUCUAUGAGCAGUAUAGGUGUGGGUCAUUUAAAAUGUCAUAAAAAAAACGCAUCAGUUCAGUAAUUCCAUUCAAAAAGUGAAACUUGAACCUUACGUUCACGCACACACUAACAUGAAGAGACUUGAGUUUUUGCUGUGUAUAUAGCUUUAAGUGGAAAUCUGCAUUGAUGAGGGGAAACUCGGAUCAUCUUUACUUGAUAUUUAUGACAUCUUUAUUUGAUCCUCUAACUUUAACACUCACUAUUCUAAUUCUAUUCUUCAAAAAAAAAAAAUCUAACUACCUUUCUGAUCUUUAUAUUCUAUUUUCUUUUCAUUUAUUAUGCAAUUGUAUGUAUGUGUGUGUGUGUGUAAAAACCUCUAACACUAGCUUGCUCUAUUCUUUUUCUAUUCCGUUUCUUUUUAUUUAUUAUAUUCUUUAAAAGGCCAUGCUAAGUGUACUGUAUUAAUCUUACUGAGACUUGUACGGCUUCGGAGGAUAAAGGCCAUAAAGAGA